GGGGGUCCACUGUAUUAUGAAAAAAGAUGAUGUAUAGUGUGAACCAUGUUUGUUUCUGCAGGAAGUGCCUUCCGUAUCCCAGAGGAUGAAGCUCCACUCCCCAAGAUACCUGCACAGUGUAUCAGCUACGAGGAUGCUUGGCAGAUACUCAGCCGCAUGGGAGGUCCCGCUGCACCAGAGAAAUGGCAAGGCAGCCUCAACGUUACUUAUAAUAUUGGUCCAGGACUCAGAGAAUCAGGCUGGUCACUAAACCUGGACGUGAAUAAUAACAACACAAUGACCACCACAUAUAAUGUUGUCGGUGUGAUGACUGGACAAGAGGAACCAGACAGAUACGUUGUCCUUGGCAACCACUAUGAUGCCUGGUUGUUUGGCGGCCUUGAUCCCAACUCUGGCACAGCCGCUAUGCUAGAACUCUCACGCGUCUUCACACAGCUACGCAAUGAAACAGGUGAAUAUACCGCAAAGCUUUAUUGUUAACCAUAGCAUUAUUAU